AUGGCCUCUACAGGCGGGCGCAUCUGCACGCAGUGCCUCAAGACUCUUGCUAGGCAACACCAAUCUAGAGUCGCCUCUUCGCGCACCCCCCUGCAACGUCGGGCAUUCUCCCAAACCCAACUCCGCGCCGCCUUCGUGCCACCCACUCCAGAAUCUCUGGGAAAAGCCGUCCCGGCCAAAGACUUCAAAAAGACAAAAAAAUGGUUACGGCGAUUCGCCUACGUCGCGGUCUUCGGCACCGUCGCAUACGUAUUGGAUAAGAGAUACUACGCCUCCAGCUUGACACGCUGCACACGGACGUUCGCCAUAGGCUUGACUGCAGCACUGGACUACAAGAUCAAUUUUCGAGAGGAACCAUUUUUUGCCAACGACAUCACGGAAGUGCAUGCUCGAAAUGCGGCGAGACUGUUUGAGCUCCUGCGAACCAAUGGCGGACUUUACCUCAAGCUGGGUCAGGCCAUUGCCAUGCAGACGGCCAUUCUCCCGCCUGAAUUCCAGAAGAUGUUCGCGAGAAUGUUCGACGACGCUCCGCAGAACGAAUGGGCCGACGCGCGGCAGGUCAUCAUGGAGGACUUUGGCGGCCGCACGCCCGAAGAGGUGUUUGGCGUCUCCUUCGACGGCGAUCCAGAUGCAGGAGUCAUGGAGAGAAAAGCGCGUGCCAGUGCCAGUGUCGCUCAGGUGCAUUGGGCCCGACUAAAAGACGGCCGGGAGGUGGCCAUCAAGAUCCAAAAGAAGGAGAUUGCUCAGCAGGUCGGCUGGGAUCUCUGGGCAUUCAAGGUCGUCACGAAGAUCUACUCCUGGUGGUUUGACCUACCCUUUUAUGCUCUGGUUCCAUACAUCACCGAGCGACUCCUGCUCGAAUGCGACUUCGAGAACGAGGCCACCAACUCGAAGAAGAUGGCCGAGUUUGUGCACGGCGAGCCUCGUCUGCGCAACAGGGUCUACAUCCCCAAAGUCUACGACGACCUGACCAGCAAGCGCGUCAUGACCGCCGAAUGGGUGGAAGGCGUGCGCCUGUGGGAUAAAGACUCCAUCACUCGACCAUGGCGAGGCGGCUGGCGAACAGGCAGUCCUGGCUGUCAUGGCGCACCGUUGGAUCCUCCCGGUGCUGCUCGCGUCCAGCAACAGAGAAACAGCGGUUCGACGACCGAGGAACUCAAACCCGACAGGGCAUAUUGGAAAGGGCAGGACGGGAAAGGUGGACUCGGCCUCAGCGUGAAAGAAGUGAUGACGACCAUGGUGGAUUUGUUUUCGGCCCAAUUGUUCCUCUGGGGCUGGGUGCAUUGCGACCCUCACCCCGGCAACAUCUUCAUCCGCCGCCGACCGGACGGCCAUUCAGAACUAGUACUGAUCGACCACGGGUUGUAUGUGCAGAUGUCGCCGACCUUCCGUCAUCAAUACUGCUUGUUUUGGAAGAGUCUGAUGACCUUUGACAACAAGACGCUCGGGGAGAUCGCCAAGAAAUGGGGCAUUAACCACCCGGACGUCUUCGCGUCGGCGACCCUGAUGCGGCCGUACGAGGGCGGCGACCAGACUGUCGCGACCCGGAUCAAAGGCAUCAGCGAGCAUGAGCGGAAGAAGCGCCAGUACGAAAUGCAGCAGGCCAUGCGCAAAGGCAUCAAAGAGAUUCUGGGCGACGAGACCAAAUGGCCGCGCGAACUGAUCUUUAUCGGUCGCAACAUGCGCAUCGUCCAGGGCAAUAACCAGUACCUCGGCAGCCCGGUCAACCGGAUCAAAAUCACAGGUGAAUGGGCCUCGCGCGCCCUGGCUGAGGACCGUAGCUUGACUUUCACAGAGCGCUGGAAGUACUUCGGCAGCCAUGUGGUUUUCAAGCUGGUCUUGUUUGCGAGCGACCUCUAUUUCUGGUACAGCAAGUUCAAGCAGGCCCUGGGGAGAGGCAAGGGCAUUGAGGACGAUAUGGAGCAGCACAUGAGGCGGAUGGCCAAAGACUACGGGAUCGAGAUCAACCAUGGUGUCUUCGAGGGUUGA